AUCUGGUUGAGUGUCCUGUGCCAGAAUUUCUCUUAAUCAACUGAUAAUACAUUUAUAAUACUUAAAAUUCGUACUCAUAAAACAUUUCUCAACUGCCACAUAAACAUAUAUAACAACACAAUCCUUUAUGAAGCAUUUCCAACAUCAGAUGACAGAAGAAGCAUCCUCAAUAUCUAACAUAUUUUAAUCACUAAAGGAAAAUAUUAUACAAAACAGAUGUAUAAUAUUGUUUCUACAAAUCUGUGGGAGAAUUCAUGUGAAAUAUUUGCUCUGAAAUAAUAUCAUUAACCAAAUGUCUGAACAUUAUUGACUGGAAUGUCAAGAAGUUAAGACUGUGUGCUGAUUAAAGUUGGCUAAAUUUAUAGAAGUGUUGCUAAAUAAAGGUAACACUGGACAGAAAUACAGCAGUAGAAGUGUAUGUAAGGAAUAAAGUACAAGAACAAAAGCAAGAAAAAUAUAUUAACUGGGAUUUAUAAGGAAAAGUAAUGGAAAGGAGUAAGAAAAUUCUAGAAUUGAUUUCUCCUGAACACAUGAUAAAAGAGAUGAGAUCAUAUGACUGUGAUAUCUGUGGUAAAUCAUUCUCUCAAAGUGGUCACUUAUCUAUACACAAACGUAUUCAUACUGGAGAGAAACCGUAUCAUUGUGAUAUCUGUGGUAAAUCAUUCGCUCGAAGUAGUCACGUUACUGCACAAAAACGUACUCAUACAGGAGAGAAGCCAUAUCAAUGUGAUAUCUGUGGUAAAUCAUUCUCUAUGAGUAGUAACUUAUCUAGACACAAGUAUAUUCAUACUGGAGGGAAACCAUAUCAUUGUAAUAUCUGUGGUAAAUCAUUCUCUAGCAGUAGUAUCUUAUCUAGUCACAAACAUAUUCAUACUGGAGAGAAACCAUAUCAUUGUGAUGUCUGUGGUAAAUCAUUUUCUUUAAGAAAUGCUGUUGCUGUGCACAAACGCGAGAAGCCAUAUGGCUGUGAUAUUUGUGGUAAAUCAUUCUCUGUAAGUGAUGCCUUAAAGAAACACAUACGUAUUCAUACAGGAGAGAAGCCAUAUGACUGUAGGAUCUGUGGAAGCAUUUGGUUAGGUGAAACUUUAAAACUUUUCAUUAAUAUCCCGAAUAUGAAUAGACCCAUAGUUCGGCAAGUGCACAACUUUCGAUACGAGUGUGGUAGAAGGUGCGCCAACAGUGAUUACUACAAAGUCACACAAUAUAACGAUACAUCGACUAUGUGGAUGCGGAGUGUAACCUGGGAGAUUUCCAAAUGGUGUACUUACGAUGACAAUCUUGAAUGUGGAGAAAUCGAAUUGGACAUGAACGGACCACUGCUGUGUCAUCCAGUCGGUGUUACCUUGGAUGUACACUUCAACUGCUAUCUUGGUCGUCUUAUAGGAUAUUUUAAGUUGGACUAG